AUGGGUACAUCGGAUGGCGCGGCUAUCAUAAGGGCGUGGGAAUUCACAAGUCUCAAAGCUUGUGUGGCUUACUAUCAAGAGGAAGUGCAAGAUGGCUGGUGCAACGCAACAUGGGACAGGAUCCUCUGCUGGCCGCCCACGCCCGCCGGCACCGUGUCCCGCUUGCCGUGCCCACCUCUCAAGGGCGUGGAUCCGUCGCAGGUGGCAGAGCGGCGUUGCACAGCGGCCGCCCACUGGGAAGGGCGCACGCUGAAGGAGGGACUCGAGGGCGGCUGGACCAACUACACGCCAUGCCUCAUCCCGGAGAUCAGGGUGCUGAUGGACAAGCUCUAUGCUAAGUCCAAGGAGGAUGCUCAGCUGAAGCUUCACGUGGCUGAAGUCAGUCGGCUGAUCGAGACCGUGGGUCUUUCCCUCUCGUUGGCUUCCGUCCUCGUCUCCAUCGUCAUUUUCUCCUAUUUCAGGUCACUGAGGAACAACAGAACUCGUAUGCACUUCAACCUGUUUGUGGCGAUGGUGAUACAGCUUAUGGUGCGCCUCACACUAUACAUCGAUCAGUACAUCACACGGCAGACGAACCACCGCUCUAAUGGCAUCGACAAUACGCCCGUGCUCUGUGAAGGCUUCUACGUGCUAAUGGAGUACGCCCGCACGGCCAUGUUCCUGUGGAUGUUCAUCGAGGGACACUACCUGAACAGCAUGUUAACCGUGGCCGUGUUCACCGACCGACCUAACCAUAAAAUAUACAACCUAUUAGGGUGGGGUCUGCCCGUGCUUAUGACAGCAGUGUGGGCCGCGGUGACAGCGGUAAAACACACAGGCACUCAAUGCUGGUGGGGCUAUAACCUCAGCCCUUAUUUCUGGAUCUUGGAGGGUCCUCGUCUCACUGUCAUCAUCACAAACUUCCUGUUUCUCCUUAAUAUUCUACGUGUCCUGAUCACUAAACUACAGGCUAGCGUAUCUUCAGAAGCCCAACAAGUCAAGAAAGCAGUGCGAGCGGCGAUCGUUCUCCUGCCUCUACUGGGAAUCACCAACAGCCUUCAGAUGAUUCACUCGCCUCUGGAAGGAAAUAUCGUGGAAUUCGCCGCAUGGAGUUUUGGCACCACUUUCCUCACAGCUUUCCAGGGCUUCUUCGUGGCGCUGUUGUACUGUUUCCUGAAUAAUGAGGUCCGGAGUACGAUCGGCAAAUGCUUGUCCAAUCUUUACACGCAGAGACUGUUGCCCAAACGCUCAAAGAGGAACAUUUCCAACGGCGCUGCGCUAAGGUAA